AUGAGAUUUACUUCAGUUUUAAGACAAAUACCCAAAUUGAAGUUGUCAGAGGUUAUAGUAAGAGCAGGUGAAGGUUUACCAACAGGUAUAACGGGUAUUUACAAACAUCCAAACCCAAGACCUGCUCUUGUCACUUUAUACCAUGAACAGUUGAAGGUGCUAAACGAUAAAUUUCCAAAAGAUUCAGUGUACAGACAGUCGGUCGAACAGUUGACUAAGAACAGAUUGAAAAUAGUGGAAGAAGAGGAAAUUACAGAAAACAUAGAAAACAAAAUUGGUAAUGGGUUAAUUGAGGAACUUGUCAUUCAAGCUGCUGAGGAAUUGAAUUUAAGUCACGAAUUAUCCGCUUUGAAAUGUUGGGAAGAGUUGGAAGAAAAGCCAUUAGAUGAUCAAUGGGUCUACUUUGGUAAGAAAAUCUAA